GUCAAAUUGGCAACAAUCGGAAGAUGGAUUAAUUACAUACAGCGACACCGUACCAAUGAAAAUUACUACGUAGAACACCUCGUCACGGAACUGUUAUUCCACUUUUUACACCAUAACAAUACACAUUAUAUCCACUUAAGGUCAUGUGUACAUUAAUAAGAAAUUACUUGGCGUGAAAAUAUGAAAUUCUGGACCAGGAAUUGGUAUCCUAUGGUUCCUGAAGGACUUGACUACACCUUGUUUUACGUGCGCAACGCCUUGGCUUUGCAGCUGCAGCAGUGCAGGUGAGAGGAAAGGUGAUCUACCAUGGCAAAGAUGGUAGAUAUCAACUCAGCUAGUGUAGAUGAGCUGACUACACUGCUGGGUGUCGGGAGGACCCGGGCUGAAGCUACUGUCCAGCAUAGAGAGGCCACUGGUGGAUUCAAUAGCAUCCAGGAUUUAACUUCAGUACCGGGUAUCGGGAGCAAUGUGGUGGAUAUCAAUCGGAACCGACUGCAGUGCCGCAGUCACCAUGAUGAUAGGACUCCGUCAACACCUUCCUCUAACCUCAGGAACUCCCAUUCAUUGUCAUCGUCGUCGUCAUCGUCUUCACCAUCAGUAUUAACGGACUCACUGUCGUCACCUCCGUCUCACGCACCAAACAGCAGCAGCAGCAGCCAUGCGCGGCAUAGGAGGUACCCACAUCUACACACUUCUUCCUCCUUGAACCAGUCACAUCACUCACCAAACACUAUCAGUACCCGUAACGGUCGUAGGAGAACAAUUCGAUUGGGCAGUAUUAUAGAACCAAGGACAGAGAGUGACUCUAAUGGUAACAGUGGCGCAUGCCCUAGCCCCCCUGCCCAGGUGGUUGGGAAGGUCCUGCGGUCGGGACCUAUCGCUGCUGGUGGAGAUGGCGAUCAUUCCGGAUCUGAGCCGAAGUUGACAAAGCGGAAAUCAGACUCGUCAGUGAACGAGGAAGCAUCGACCAGCAAGAAGGCGUGUAAACUACCCAAAUUCAAGGGUGGCAGCAUAGUUCCCUACCCAAAGUCGACAGCCUUAAGGUCAUAUGUCCCUUCCUCGUCAGGGUCGCCACAGCGUAAACGAUUGACCUCUUUUCUCCAACCAUCAACUCCUCCGUCCAACCUUGCCGCGUGGCUCAAGAUGUUUCAGAACUGGAACCAGUCAGAGAAAAUGCGAGCCCUCGAUGAUCUCAUAGAGCGGUGUGAGCCAUCGCAAGUGAGGCAUAUCAUGUCCAUCAUUGAGCCUCAGUUCCAGAGAGAUUUCAUCUCAUUAUUACCUAGAGAGUUGGCUCUCUACGUCCUGUCUUUCCUGGAGCCGAGGGACCUCCUGCGCGCUGCCCAGACCUGCCACUACUGGCGCAUCCUCUGCGAGGACAACCUCCUCUGGAAGGAGAAGUGCCGAGAGACCGGGAUUGAGGAGCUCAACGGGAAGCAGACCAAGAGGAGGUCCAACUCUGGUGUCCCUCGUAGCCCGUGGAAGAGCAUGUACCUCAGGCAGCAUCAGAUACAGUACAACUGGAGGUUUGGCGAGAUCAAGACGGGGAAGGCGUUGAAAGGUCACGAUGACCAUGUCAUCACGUGUUUACAGUUCAAUGGUCAAAGGAUUGUCAGUGGAUCAGAUGAUAAUACACUCAAAGUGUGGUCUGCUCUAACUGGCAAGUGCUUGCGAACCUUGGUGGGUCACACUGGUGGCGUGUGGUCAUCUCAGAUGAACAACAACAUUGUCAUCAGCGGGUCAACAGACCGUACGCUCAAGGUGUGGAAUGCCGACACCGGGCACUGUAUACACACCCUGUACGGUCACACGUCGACGGUCAGGUGUAUGCACUUACAUGGCAACAAGGUCGUGAGCGGGUCAAGAGAUGCCACUCUAAGGUUAUGGGACAUCGAGACCGGUCUGUGUCUUCAUGUGCUUAUGGGCCACGUAGCGGCGGUCCGGUGCGUCCAGUAUGACGGUAGGAGGGUAGUGAGUGGGGCCUACGACUACACGGUCAAGGUCUGGAACCCUGAGACCGAGGAGUGUCUUCAUACGCUGCAAGGUCAUACCAACAGAGUCUAUUCAUUACAGUUUGACGGUACGCACAUAGUGAGUGGUUCCCUGGACACGUCUAUACGGGUGUGGGAUGCAGACACGGGUGAAUGCAAGCACACGCUAACGGGUCACCAGUCUCUCACGAGCGGCAUGGAGCUGAAAGAUAACAUCCUGGUAUCUGGGAAUGCUGACUCCACCGUCAAGAUAUGGGACAUCACGUCUGGCCAGUGCUUACAAACAUUACAAGGUGCCAACAAACAUCAGAGUGCUGUCACGUGCCUGCAGUUCAAUCGCAAGUUUGUGAUCACGUGCUCUGACGACGGUACCGUGAAGCUAUGGGACUUGAACACUGGUGAAUUCAUAAGGAACCUAGUGACUUUGGACAGCGGAGGGAGUGGGGGUGUGGUGUGGCGGGUCUGCGCCAAUCAAACGAAACUGGUGUGCGCGGUGGGAAGCCGCAAUGGCACGGAGGAGACAAAACUGUUGGUGCUAGACUUUGAGCCAGACCCUAGGCUCUGACUAGAGGCGAGGGCUAUGAAGAGACGGGAAUGGGAGCCGUUGCGACUGAAGCGACCAGAGUCUUCGUGACUGCAGAGACCAGAGUCGUUGCGACUGCAGAGACCAGAGUUGUUGCGACUGAAGCAACCAGAGUUGUUGUGACUGCAAUGACAAGAGUCGCUGCGACUGAAGCGACCAGAAUCGUUGCAACUGCAGAGACCAGAGUCGCUGCGACUGAAGCGACCAGAGUCGUUGUGACUGCAAUGACAA